GGCCGAGUCUCCGUCUCCGGAAGCCGCCGCCCCGAGUGCUGGUCCGAGUCUGAGCUGGCAGCGGGCGGCCUCGCACCUGGCCCUCCGCUUUCUGAUCCUGGUCUCCCACCCGCAGAUUAUGUCUAUUUCGAGAACUCCUCCAGCAACCCGUAUCUGGUGCGGAGGAUCGAGGAGCUCAACAAGACUGCAAAUGGAAACGUGGAAGCAAAGGUGGUCUGUCUUUUCCGGCGAAGGGACAUUUCUAGCAGCCUCAACAGCCUGGCAGAUAGCAAUGCCAGGGAGUUUGAGGAGGAGUCAAAGCAGCCAGUGGUGUCAGAGCAACAGAGGCAUCAGUUGAAGCACCGGGAGCUCUUCCUGUCUCGGCAGUUCGAGUCGUUACCAGCCACCCACAUAAGAGGGAAAUGCAGUGUGACCCUCCUGAAUGAGACAGAUAUCUUGAGCCAGUACCUGGAAAAGGAGGAUUGCUUUUUUUACUCACUGGUGUUCGACCCAGUACAGAAGACACUGCUGGCUGACCAAGGAGAGAUUAGAGUUGGUUGCAAAUACCAAGCAGAGAUUCCUGAUCGCCUGGCAGAGGGAGAACUGGACAAUCGGAAUCAGCAGAAGAUGGAGCUGAAGGUCUGGGAUCCAGACAACCCUCUCACAGACCGGCAGAUCGACCAGUUCCUUGUGGUGGCCCGAGCUGUAGGAACCUUUGCAAGAGCCCUGGACUGCAGCAGCUCCAUCCGGCAGCCCAGCCUGCACAUGAGUGCAGCUGCUGCCUCCCGAGAUAUCACCCUGUUUCAUGCCAUGGACACGCUGCAGAGGAAUGGCUAUGACCUGGCCAAAGCCAUGUCCACCUUAGUGCCCCAGGGGGGCCCGGUGCUGUGUCGAGACGAGAUGGAGGAGUGGUCUGCCUCUGAGGCCAUGUUGUUCGAGGAGGCUCUGGAGAAGUAUGGAAAAGAUUUCAAUGACAUUCGCCAGGACUUUCUGCCCUGGAAGUCACUGGCAAGCAUAGUUCAGUUCUACUACAUGUGGAAGACCACAGACCGGUACAUUCAGCAGAAGAGAUUGAAGGCUGCUGAAGCAGACAGCAAACUGAAGCAGGUCUACAUCCCCACCUACACUAAGCCAAACCCUAACCAGAUCAUUUCUGUGGGUUCAAAACCUGGGAUGAAUGGAGCUGGAUUCCAGAAGGGUCUGACCUGUGAGAGCUGCCACACCACACAGUCUGCCCAGUGGUACGCCUGGGGCCCGCCCAACAUGCAGUGCCGUCUCUGUGCUUCCUGUUGGAUCUACUGGAAGAAGUAUGGGGGACUGAAGACCCCAACCCAGCUUGAGGGGGCUGCUCGGGGCUCCACAGAGCCACACUCGAGGGGUCAUUUGUCCAGACCUGAAGCCCAAAGUCUCUCUCCUUACACAACCAGCGCCAACCGGGCCAAGCUGCUGGCCAAGAACAGGCAGACAUUCCUGCUUCAGACCACAAAGCUGACCCGGCUCGCCAGGCGGAUGUGCAGGGACCUCCUGCAGCCAAGGAGGGCUGCCCGGAGGCCCUAUGCCCCUAUCAAUGCCAAUGCCAUCAAGGCAGAGUGCUCCAUUCGCCUUCCAAAGGCUGCCAAGACACCCCUGAAGAUUCACCCUCUGGUUCGGCUACCCCUGGCCACGAUUGUCAAGGAUCUGGUGGCUCAGGCACCUCUGAAACCAAAAACACCUCGGGGUACCAAGAUCCCAAUCAAUAGAAACCAGCUGACCCAGAACCGGGGCCUGGGGGGCAUCAUGGUAAAGAGGGCCUACGAGACGAUGGCAGGAGCAGGGGUCCCUUUCUCUGCCAAUGGAAGGCCUCUGGCCUCAGGGAUCCGCUCAGGCUCACAGCCAGCAGCCAAGCGUCAGAAACUAAACCCAGCAGAUGCCCCCAAUCCUGUGGUGUUUGUGGCCACAAAGGAUACCAGGGCCUUACGGAAGGCUCUAACCCACCUGGAGAUGCGGCGGGCUGCCCGGAGGCCCAACCUUCCUCUGAAGGUGAAACCAGCACUAAUGGCUGUGCGGCCCCCUGUCCCUCUGCCUGCACCCUCACAUCCGUCCAGCACCAAUGAGCCCAUUGUCCUGGAGGACUGAGCAGUGAGGGCCAGGGAGGCAAGCGGGUGUGAGCUGGACAGACCUCCACCUUCCCUUUAGGGGGCAGUGCCCAUGGGGGUCAGGUGCCCCUGGCCUUAAGUCCCUCCUUUCUUCUCCCUGGGUGUGGCCUACGGCAGCUGAGCUUGCCCUCUGGGGCACCUGGCCUCUCCUGGAGGGUUCCUAACUUGGAGGGUACCUUCCACACUUAUCAUGGACAGUUUCAGGGGGAAGGUUUUUUAAUUUUUUAAAAAAUGUUGACUCCCUUUGUGAAAGGGAACAGGAGGGGAAGUGUGACUGCUCUCAGGUGGUAGUACCUGGCUGGGGGUGGGGUGGGGCGUGCACUGCCAUGUUUCUUGGUUUUUUUCCUAAUUGGGGGGUUUCUCUUCCUGUCCGGUGUCCGGACUUUGCUAAUUGGUAUCUGAGGUCCCUGAGCUGGCACCAACCCCAGCCCAUGCUAGCUCUUUCCUCUCUCCCCUUCCCCCCUCCGCCUUUUGUAUGCCAAUUCUCAGAAAUAAAGAUCUUUUGUCUGUUUUUUUUAACCUCGGAUUCUGUAAUUGGUUCUUAUAGUAAUAAAAAGCUGUU